CAAGAAUUCCACUCCCGGUGGAAGCUACCAUUACGGAUCACUGCCGAAAAUCUUGUUGAAGCUGCUGAAGCCUUCUUCCGUUCUCCUGCUGGGAACCAACCAACGAAAGAAUUGCGAGAAGAAGAAUUGUGAGAAGUGAGAAGACUUGCCCGACGUAAUACAGCAACAUGAGGGGAGGAAAAAAUGGAGAGACGAGGAAGAACAGGUGGUUCCAGGGAAAGAGUUACGGGGCUAUGACAGCCGGAGCAUUUGCUGCCUGGUGGUGAGCACAAGAAGAGAAAUAAUGGGGUUACUCCGAAAGAUCAACGAAAACUGCAAUUUGGCUUGCAUUUAUGGGAGGAUAUUAUGGCAGCUGCGCUGGUUUUUGUCCCUUUAGCAUAACGUCCUACGACUCCGCGAGACUCCGAGCGAGCGAGCGAGCUAGAAACUACAAGCUGAGCAGAAAGAAGAAGAAAAAGGAGCUUCAGUUCAAUACGAAACCAUCGUCCUUUCCUCCGACUUCUACGAACGGAUGUGGCGGAUUUUGUGGAUUAUGGAAGUUGGUUUCGUGGACACCAAGCAAAAGAUGGUGUUUUUUUAGUCCAGUGAGGUCAGCUCGCACAGAACUUUGCGAACUUUGCUCACUGCAAAAAGAUCAUUCGCUAAAGCGUUGCUCUGAAGAAAGUUCAACACGCAAAAGGAAAGAUGACAAAACAACCGCAGCCAAUCAUGGGCACAUACCACAAAAGUCAGAAACGCGAGAGGAUCAAGCUCACAGAUUUGAGCCUUGUCGUGCAGCGGGGCGUCGCAACUCGCAAGCAAAAAGAGCAAAGCUGGAUAUCCACAACAAUGGACAAGCAUUCAAGGUCCUCCAACUGAAUCCUCGCGGCCGAGAGCUUAAAGACAAAUCCAAUCCAAGCUCGAAUGGAAUGGCAAAGAUGAUGGGUGGCGAAGCUUUGGCCACAUCUUGGCACGGCAAACGGAAGCUGACAGCUAAGAAUGAAUGGAAACAAAAAUGCGGGGGAGAGAAACGGACCAUUUUCGCGAAAAGAUUUGUGGAACUCGGCCUCAAGAUAUUUCAUCUUGCUCCACGUCUCUGCUGGUAUGCUUGUGUACAUAUCCUGCAAGGAAGUUUUCACGUAAGCUAAGCAGCAAAGAAGAAA